ACUGGACCUUCUUCCAGCCGGAAACGCUUCUUCUUUGUCUUUCUCUCUCCAACAAAUUUCCACCCCAAUGGCUUUCUUGUUGAAAUCCUUGCCCGCUGCUGCUGCCGCCACUCGCCCCUUGGCCGCCACCACCAUGCGCCGUGCCGCCAUGCCCGCUAUCAUGCGCUCCAUGUCCACCUCCGCCAACAGCGCCUGUGAACCUGAUGAGCCCGUCUUCUUGCAGUGUGUCGAACUCUACUACGACCGUGCUGCCAAGCUCAGCGGUGUCAACCCUGGUACUCUUGCCCAUCUCCGUGCCGUUGACAGCAUGCUCCGUGUCACCUUCCCCAUUGAGUUGGAGGAUGGCAAGUACGAAGUCAUUGAAGGUUACCGUGCCCAGCACUCUCGCCACAGAUUGCCCGUCAAGGGUGGUAUCCGUUACUCCGAGGAAGUCGAUCUUCAGGAAGUCGAAGCCUUGGCCUCCCUCAUGACCUACAAGUGCGCCGUCGUCGAUGUUCCUUUCGGUGGUGCCAAGGGUGGUAUUAAGAUUGACCCCAAGAAGUACACUGUCGAUCAACUCGAAAGAAUCACUCGUCGUUACACCAUGGAAUUGUGCCAGAAGAAGUUCAUGGGUCCCGGUAUUGAUGUCCCUGCUCCCGAUGUGGGUACUGGCGGUCGCGAAAUGUCCUGGAUCAUGGACACCUACCGUCAAUUCAACGCCGACGAUGUGAACGCAGCUGGCUGUGUCACUGGUAAGCCUUUGUCUUUGGGCGGUGUCCGUGGCCGCACUGAAGCCACCGGUUUGGGUGUGUACUACGGUAUCCGUGAAUUCUUGAGCUACCCCGAAGUCCAGAAGAAGACUGGUUUGAGCGGUAAGAUCGAAGGUACCAGCGUCAUCGUCCAAGGUUUCGGUAACGUCGGUUACUACGCUGCCAAGUUCUUCGAAGCCAACGGUGCCAAGGUCAUCGGUGUUGGUGAGAGAGAUUGCGCCAUCUACGAUCCCAACGGUUUGAACGUUGAGGAUCUCUACAAGCAUCACCGUUCCAGCGGUUCCUUCCGCGGUUACUCUGCUUCCGCCAAGAUCCUCGAAGAUCCCAUCAAGAUCCUCGAAGAAGAGUGCGAUAUCCUUAUCCCUGCUGCUCUUGAACGCCAGAUCGGUCUCCGUAACGUCGACAAGAUCAAGGCCAAGGUUAUUGGUGAAGGUGCCAACGGUCCCGUCACCCCUGCUGCUCACGAAUCCCUUGAGAAGCGCGGUGUUGUCGUUGUUCCCGAUUUGUUGUUGAACGCCGGUGGUGUCACCGUGUCCUACUUCGAAUGGCUCAAGAACUUGUCUCACGUCCGUUUCGGUCGUAUGAACAAGAGAUGGGACGAGACCAGCCGCACCAAGUUGUUGGAAGUUGUCCAGGAAACCGCUGGCCGCCAGCUCACCGAAACUGAACGCAAGGCUGUUGUCCACGGUGCCGAGGAAGCCGACUUGAUCUACUCUGGUUUGGAAGAUACCAUGAUCCAGGCUUGUGAGGAAACCCGCAACACUGCCAACAUCAAGAACACUGACUACAGAACCGCUGCUUUCGUCAACGCCAUCCAGAAGAUCGCCACUGUCUACGAAGGUUCCGGUAUGAUCUUCAUGAACUAAAUGUGAUCAUCUGAAAAACUCCACUUUUUCUUCUCUCCAUCCACUCCGCUGCAUCACUCUUUUACAGAGAUGGUGUUAUUCUUGUCAUAGAAUUUUGAAUCGUUUUUCUUUUACUUUCUGUGAUUGUAAUUCAUUUAAUCCAUAUAAAAGAACAUAUUAUAC